CUGAAAGAUCAUAAUAUCUGCCCCCCGACACCAAAUUCUACCUCCGACCAAAAACCCUUCGCAUGGCAAAUUUCAUCCUCUUCCUCGUUCAUUUUAAUUAAAUUGUAAUCCCCCGAUCCUCCAUUGUCGUCGUCCUCAGCAAAGCUCAAUCUACCAGCCGUGAAGCUGAAUCAGAUCACUGUACCGAAGGAAUCAGCGAUUGCGGCGACGAACCCUAUUUGUGGCUUUGCAACGUAGCUAUGAUAUUUUCCAGGAUCAGCCGAUCGGUUCUGAGAUCUUCUCGCUCUAAGAAUGCAUGUCAUCUGGGAGGUGUCAGAUCAGUGAUAUCGAAUGGCUCUGCACUUCCGAGGGCGGCCGGCGAUGCUUACCUCGGCAGCAAGUUGGGUUUUUUGAGGGAAUACGUAGCUGCCAUUGGAGCUCAGAAGGAUUUUAUUCCAAAGUCUAAUGUGUCCGAUUUAAGCUACAUUCUCGCUAACCCUAGAUUUCGCCGGUUCUUGUCCGAUGAAGCACCUAAGAAGAAGAAUUAUGAGAAUUUCUACCCGAAGGAGAAGAAAGAAGUCCCGAAAGGGGAUGAUCAAAAGUCUGAAUCCAAAGAGGAAUCGAACACAGAUGAUCAUGGGAAUUUCGAGGAGACUUUCAUCAAGCAGAUCCAGAAUAUGUUCACACCAUUGUUAGUGAUAGCGCUGUUUUUAUCUUCCUUCUCUUUGGGUGCUGGUGAGCAACAGCAGAUUAGUUUUCAAGAGUUCAAGAACAAGCUUCUUGAACCAGGUUUGGUAGACCAUAUAGUUGUCUCCAAUAAAUCAGUUGCCAAAGUAUAUGUGAGGAGCUCGCCGCGAAAUCAAACAACUGAGGAUGUUGUGCAAGGAACCACACAUGGUAGCCAAAUCAAUGGUCAUGGUGGUCAGUACAAAUACUAUUUUAAUAUCGGAAGUGUUGAAUCCUUUGAGGAGAAGUUGGAAGAAGCCCAGGAAGCUCUGGGAAUUGAUCCUCAUGAUUAUGUUCCUGUCACAUACACAUCUGAAAUGGUCUGGUACCAGGAGCUGUUGAGAUUUGCACCAACUCUCCUGCUUUUGGGAACACUCUUCUACAUGGGGCGAAGAAUGCAGGGUGGACUUGGCGUUGGUGGUAGCGGUGGAAGAGGCGCUCGUGGAAUAUUCAACAUAGGAAAGGCCCAUGUUACUAAAGUGGAUAAAAACGCCAAGAACAAGGUGUAUUUUAAGGAUGUUGCUGGUUGUGAUGAAGCAAAGCAAGAAAUAAUGGAGUUUGUGCAUUUUCUUAAGAACCCGAAGAAAUAUGAGGAGUUGGGGGCAAAAAUUCCAAAGGGCGCUCUCUUGGUAGGACCUCCUGGAACUGGAAAGACGCUGUUGGCCAAAGCUACAGCUGGAGAAUCUGGAGUUCCUUUUCUGUCUAUUUCAGGUUCUGAUUUCAUGGAGAUGUUUGUUGGUGUUGGGCCUUCAAGGGUGAGAAACUUGUUUCAGGAAGCAAGGCAGUGUGCCCCCAGUAUCGUAUUUAUUGAUGAGAUUGAUGCAAUUGGUCGAGCAAGGGGGCGUGGAGCUUUCAGUGGUGCUAACGAUGAGCGUGAAAGCACUCUCAAUCAGUUGCUUGUAGAAAUGGAUGGGUUUGGAACGACUGCCGGAGUGGUGGUCCUCGCUGGCACCAAUAGGCCUGACAUUUUAGACAAAGCCCUUUUAAGGCCUGGUCGAUUUGAUCGUCAGAUUUCAAUUGAUAAGCCUGAUAUUAAAGGCCGCGAACAGAUCUUCCAGAUCUACUUGAAGAAGAUCAAGCUCAACAAUGAGCCUUCGUAUUACUCUCAGAGGCUUGCUGCCCUCACUCCAGGAUUUGCUGGUGCAGACAUUGCAAAUGUUUGCAAUGAAGCUGCUCUGAUCGCCGCGAGGGGUGAGAGUAAGGAGGUCACGUUGGAGCAUUUUGAGGCAGCUAUUGAUCGUAUCAUCGGUGGCCUCGAGAAGAAGAACAGGGUGAUAAGCAAGCUGGAGAGGCGGACAGUCGCAUAUCAUGAGUCGGGCCACGCUGUUACUGGAUGGUUCUUGGAACAUGCCGAGCCCUUACUGAAGGUAACGAUUGUUCCUCGCGGAACAGCUGCCCUUGGGUUUGCACAGUAUGUCCCCAAUGAGAAUCUUCUCAUGACGAAGGAGCAGCUGUUUGAUGUUACAUGCAUGACCCUGGGUGGCCGAGCAGCUGAACAGGUCUUGUUGGGAAAGAUUUCGACGGGAGCUCAGAAUGACUUGGAGAAGGUGACGAGGAUGACUUACGCUCAGGUGGCUGUAUACGGAUUCAGCGAGAAAGUGGGCCUCCUGUCCUUCCCUCCGAGGGAGGAUGGCUUUGACAUGUCCAAGCCGUACAGCAGCAAGACAGCGGCGAUCAUCGACACCGAGGUCCGGGAGUGGGUGAACAAGGCGUACGAGCGGACGGUCGAGUUGGUAACUGAGCACAAGGAGCACGUGGCCAAAAUCGCGGAGCUCCUGCUCGAGAAGGAAGUCCUUCACCAGGAUGACCUGGUCCGAGUCUUGGGGGAGCGGCCUUUCAAGUCAAGCGAGAUGACGAACUACGACCGGUUCAAGAUGGGUUUCCAGCAGGAGGACAAGGCGGCUUCUCAGCAGGCCCCGGAGAGCGGCGCCCCUGUCGCAGAGGACGACGGACCUUCCUCUUCUCCUCUUGAUCCUCAGGUGGUACCAACAUAAAGGGGAGGGGCCAACUCGCUGCUGACAUUUUACAAAUUUUCCUUUAUUUUUUUCCCCCCAUAAAUUAAUUGUAGUAUUUUUGUACAUGAUUUAUUUCGAUUUUCGAACUUCCAUAAUGCCAAUGCCGUGGCCGUGGCCAUGGAUGGAAGCUGUACAAUUGAAUCUUGUGAUCGUAGUCUCUCUCUUCCUCUCUUUUU